AUGACUAUCGAGCUCAACCCCGAGCGGACGAGGCGCGCGCUCGUGGUCGGCGGCGGCCCCGUCGGUGCGCUCACGGCGCUCAGCCUCGAGAAGCGCGGCUGGGACGUCGAGCUCUGGGAGGCAAGGGACGACCCCCGCGGCCGCACCAUUGCCAUGACGAACCUGCGCAGCAUCAACAUGAACAUCUCCUCGCGCGGCCUGGCCGCUCUGGCAAGCGUGGACCCGGCGCUUGCCGACCUGCUCCUCUCCGAAUCGAUUCCCAUGCCUUCCCGCCUAAUCCACCACCUGGACGGCCACCGGGAGGCGCAGCUCUACGACCCUCUGCGGGGCCAGUGUUCGAACUCGAUCUCCCGCUCGGUCCUGAACCAGCGGCUCGUCGAGGCGCUGCCGAAGAGCAUUCAGUGUCGAUUCAACACCAAGCUCGUCCGUGUCGACUGGGCCAACAACGUGGCCUAUGGGCGCGAGACGCGCCCCGGCGCGGCGUUGGGGACGGAACAGACCUCGGGUCUGGCCGAGGGCAGCGUCGAGGUGCCCUUUGACCUCAUCCUCGGCGCGGACGGGAGCUGGUCGGCGGUGCGGGGCCAAAUGAUGCGCGCGAGCCGGGUCGAUUUCGCGCAAUCCUUCAUCGCCCACGCCUACGUCGAGCUGCACAUGCCGCCCAUCAAUGACGACUGGGCCAUGCCCCCGAACCACCUGCACAUCUGGCCGCGGCGGCGGUUCAUGCUCAUAGCGCUGCCGAACAAGGACAAGUCGUUCACGCUCACGCUGUUCGCGCCGUUCGAGGAGAUUGCCGCGCUCGAGACGCGCGCGGACGCCGAGGCGUUCUUCUCCACUGAGUUCAGCGACGCGUACAAGAUUGUCGGGAGCAGGAUGGUCGACGACUUCAUGUCCAACCCGCGCGGCAACCUUGUCACCAUCUCCUGCAAGCCGGGCACGUACCGCGACCGCUGCGCGCUGCUCGGCGACGCGUGGCACUCCAUGGUGCCCUUCUAUGGACAGGGGCUGAACUGUGGUCUCGAGGACGUGCGUGUGCUUGGAAGUUACCUCGACCGGUUUGGCGUCGGUCCCACAACGACGAACAAGCAGGGCGAAACCGAUACAAAUCUCGAGGCGUGUUUGGCCACAUACGCUUCGGAGCGUAGCGCCGACCUCGACGCCAUCUGCCAGCUGGCCAUGGACAAUUACACCGAGAUGCGCUCCUCCGUGCUGAACCCGCUGUACCACCUCCGCCGGGCCGUGGACUACACCCUCACGCGCCUGAUUCCCUCCCGCCCCGCACCGCUCGAUGGCCCAGACCCCUUCCCGACCAAGACGGUGCGUGGCUGGACGGCGCUGUACGACAUGGUCACCUUCCGCCCCGACAUUGGGUAUGCGGAGGCGAGGCGGCGCGAGGCGUGGCAGAAGCACGUCGUCCACUCGGCCGCUUAUGCUGGUCUCGCGGCUGUUGUGGGUGCGGGUCUCUUUGCUGCGCGUCACUUUCAGUCCCGCCGAUGA